AGCCAAAUAAGUUAAAAAAAGAGUUUUUAGAAUUUUUAGUAUCAUGAAAAGUUUUAUUAUUCAAAUAUUUCUUUUACAUUAUAAAAUAUAUUUUUUAGUUUGAAAAGGAUGAAAGUGUCUCGUAUGUCUUAAAGGCAGGGAUCUAAUAUGGUUUUAAAGAUUUGUAUAUUGUAUGUGAUGAUGUAUAUUGGAUCGUGACACUAUAAUAAACUAUUUACUUACUUACUUACUUACCAUCUGUCUACAGUGUUCUUAUGAUGGAGGUUUUAUUAAUGAACACUAGAUUACAAUUUUACUUGUUGUCUCAGUAAGAUAUCCAAUUUCGUAUAGUAAGAUGUUGCACGUCGGUUACUUAUAAAUGGAGCUAUAAAAUUCUAUAGGAUUUGACUGAGGGUAUGCAAAGAAAUGGGUAAAAAGUGGUAAACAAAUAACACUUGAUAAAUUUUAUGUGUCCGAAUCGCUUUUCAGAGUUCAUCUCCAUUAGGAACGCUAAAAAUAGUUUAAGUCAAGAACGUUUAUGAACCGAACCCAUAAGAAAAAGCAACAAUAUACAUAGAAAUAAGAAGAUGUGGUUCGAGUGCCAAUGAGACAAUUCCCAAUCCAAGUCACAAUGUGUUAAAAGUAAACAAGUGUAGUAACAGGUACGGCCUUCAACACGGAGCCAUAGCUCACGCCGAACAGCAAGCAUUAAAAGGCCUCCAAAUGACAAGCUUAAAACAUUAAAUAGGGAAACCAACAGUCUAUAAAUAAGAACGAGAAAUAUGAUUCCACGAAACUCAAUUAAUAUGUUGACAAUGAAAGAUUCUAGCGUUUCGAUGCUUUGAUGUUCGAUCUAUUAAGUAUUUGUAAUUGGAAAUGUGAUAUUUUAAAUGUGAUAUUUUACAUAAUCAUUUUUUAUUGAAGAACGGACUGUUUAAUGAUAGUCUAAUCAAUCUUUCGAUUAAGCAUUAGAAAAAGUACUGAACAGCAUCAAAAAUUCAUCAAUCCACCGUUUUAAUUUUCUCAAAAUGUUCUGAACCAAGUCAGGAAAAUUGCCAUUGUUAUAUUAUAGUUCGUUUCUGUCUGUGUUACAUUUUAGUGUUGUGUUUUUGUUGUGUGGUAGUUCUCCUCUUAUAUUUGAUGUGUUUCCCUCAGUUUUAUUUUGUUACGCUGAAUUAUUUUCUCAAUCAAUUAAUGAAUUUCGAACAGCGGUAUACCACUGUUAAGAAAUAACUUUAUGAAUAUUUAGACAGCCAUUGCGAUCCUGGAUAAGAAAUUAGAAUCUUUAGGAAACCACAGCUAUAUUGGGCAUUACUAGUGGAAUAUACCCCAUUUUGUAGAAAUUUCAGUAUGAUUCGGCUACUAUUUGCUGUUCACAGAUUUUUGUGACUUUAGAUAUAAAUAAGACGAACCAGAGAUAACAGUUAUUCAAGUACUACCACUAUACUUUUCAUGAUAUAAGAAGAAAGAAAAAUCGGUUAAUGUGAAAUUGCUUGUACGAACUUUUAGUAUUAGGUAGAACGGUAAUAAGACUUCUUGCAUUAAUACCUUUACAUAACCAGGGAAACUGAUCAUAUAUUUUUCAUCUACAUAUCUGAUUAAAGGCUCACCUGCUAUUAAGAUUGAUAAGAGUGAUAUAACAGCAACACAUGGAGACCAGGUUGUUAUUCCAUGUAGUGUCGUAUCAAAUUUACCAGUAACACAUGUAAACUGGAGGAGAACUUCAAACAACGUUUCUGAAACAAUAUUAAACGAUGACAGUGGAUACCAAGGCAGUACACCUGUUACACCUUCGUUGACAAUUGACUCUGUUAAAUUAAAUGAUGCUGGCACAUACAUAUGUCUUGCAGAGAAUGCUGCUGGUGCAACCAUUAGUGAUCCUGUAACUUUAAUAGUAAAUGGAGGUGCACCUGAAGUACAGAUCCCGCAAAGUUACUACACCAACAUAUAUGGAAAGGAGGUUGUAAUUUCGUGUAAUAUCGUAUCAGAUUCUACGGUUACUGGUAUUUACUGGAAGAAAUAUUAUAAAAACAAAGUAUUACGCAUAAACAAUGGAGACAAAGGAUACCAAGGCAUUACGCCUACCUCACCUUCGUUGAUAAUUAAAUUUGCUACAUCAGAUGAUGAUGGCACAUACAUUUGUCAUGCUACAAAUUCUGCUGGCAUAAGCACUAGUAAUUCGGCAACUUUAAGAAUAAAAGGAGGAUGUCUUGAUAUAGAUAUUAGUCCGACUAUUGCUAAAAUUACUCAAGGAAACAAUAUAACCAUUAAAUGUACUGUAAGUGGACAACCACAUGCCACAUCCAUUAUAUGGCAGUUCACACCAAAUGAUGGCAAUGAGAACAUGAUUAAUAUAGUCGACUGUGAUGGAAAAUAUACUGGUGGCUCACUGCAAAAUCCCUCUCUGACUGUUACCAAUUUCCAGUCAACUGACGCCGGAUCAUAUGUCUGCUAUGCAACUAAUGCUGUCGGAGUAUCUUCAAGUAACUCUCCUUCACAGUUAUCAUAUAUAAGUUUACCUGUGGUACAGAUUCCACAAAAUAACUACAUCGACACAUAUGGAAAAAAGGUUGUUAUCCCAUGUAGUAUCGUAUCAGAUUCAACACUUACUGGUAUUUACUGGGAGAAAUGUCAUAAAAACAAAAUUGUACGUAUAAACAACGGAGACAAAGGAUACGAGGGCAUAACGCCUACCUCACCUUCGUUGAUAAUUAAUUUUGCUACAUCAGAUGAUAAUGGCACGUAUGUUUGUCAUGUUAUAAAUGCUGCUGGCAAAAGCACUAGUAAUUCUGCAACUUUAGAAUUAAAUGGAGAUGUUCUCGAAGUUAAUAUAAGUCCGAUUAGUGCUACAGUGAUCAUAGGACAAAAUCAAACCAUUAGUUGUACUGCGACUGGAAUGCCACUUGCUACAUCAAUAAUAUGGGAGUUCACUCCAAAUGGGGGCACACACUCGCUUCCUAUACAAGUCGAAGACAGUUCUGGGAAAUAUACUGGUGGUUCUGUACAUAAUCCGUCUCUGACUAUUACCAACUUCCAGCCAGAUGACGCAGGUUCAUAUCGAUGUUUUGCUUUAAAUGCUCUUGGAGUAUCAUCUUGUAUUAUUCCGUCGGUUUUUGAGUACACAGGAACUAAUAUUGAAAUUUCGAAAAGAAUAGACCAACUGCGACUUAGUGGCGAAGAUUGCAGGAAGACAGCACUUGCCUAUUCUCUUCUAGUUUAUAUUGCGAUGCGGGGAUCAUUAUCACUUGAAGAAGAACAUUCAAUAAUUUUGCGGGAAAUAGCUGAAGCUGUCUUUAAUGUUUCGGGUGUUAUUGUAAGCCGACUUAUUGACAUAGUAGAAAGGAAGCUUCUUCCAACAUAUCUUAAAAGAAUGGAAAAUGGGACAUUUAAGCCAAGAGACUUUGCUGUCCAAAAAAUAAUCAUACAUUCCCUUGGAAAUCGGUGUAUCGAGUGUUUAUUGAAGAAUUGUCGUUUUGAUAUUCUCUUCGAUCACGUUCGACUUAGGAAAGAUAAUAACGAUCAUGAUUUUUUGGACAUCGAUGCUUACACAUUGGCCAGGGCAUUUUUUCAGCGAAUACAGUCUGAUAACGGUGAUGCCUAUUUAAUUGGGCAAUACUUUAGACAAUUGGAAGAAAUAGAUCGCGAAACCCUUGAUUUAUUUGUAGAUAUAUUGCGACAAGGUGCCGGUGAUAUAACAUUUCACCAUAUGGAUACUUUCCUAGAUGGUCUUACAAAGGAAGGUACUGCAUUUGAAGUUUUCUGUAAGUUUCCGAAGCUUUACGAUGCGUUUUACCGCACAGUUGAUAAACACAAAAAUACAAUAUUUCACUUUAUUGUUGCGUUUUAUAUCGCAAAUAAGAAAUACAAAACGUAUAUAAAACAUUUUUGUAAGAAUAGAUUUGAUUUGUUGCAGUUGCGUAAUUGUGAUAAUUACUCAGCAAUAGAUUUCGCCUCGUUCCUAAAGAAAACUGAGAUUUUGGAAUAAUUGUAAUAUGCAACAUUAACAAUUAUGGUCAAUCGACGAUCAACAGAAUUCUGGAAACGAUAAAUAGUGUUGUCGCUGAAUCGGAAAUACUAAAUAAAGGAGUAAUCGAUGAUUUGUUGAACAAUACAACUGAUUAUACUAAUGGUAUGCUAUUAAUCGGAAAAGAAUCUGAACCAUAAUCUAUCAGGCGGAUAAUAAUAAUGAAGAUGACGACUUUUUGGGGGAGUUAUGUAAUGACCCUUGUUAAUGAAAUCAUCAAUGAAACAGUGGAUGACUUACCCGUUACAUUCACACAUUAGUAUAUUUUCAAAAAUUGAAUUUGUCAACAAUAUGUGAGUGUAGAUUUAUGUCUAGAUUGAAUUGCAAAUGCAAAUGAAGAACAAUUAUUAAUGUAAUAUUACCAUGCCAUUUGAUGGAAUUUUAUAUAAUGUUAUGAUGUGCUUUAUUCUAAAAAUCAUGUUUAUAUUCCUUCAUAACUAAACUGAAAUCUUCUUCAUAUGUAUUAUAAUCAUAGUCAGGAUUCUACUUCGUCAAAAUGAUCUCCCCAUUACGCAAGUUCAUUUUCACAAUCGUAGAAAUGGAAGCAUUGUAGGGAUGACGCGAAACCAAUUUUCUCUUGGAAAUCGAUAAAUUAAUCCACAUUGCACUAUUACGAUCCUUAUAUGUCAGUUGUAUUUUAAAAGACAAAUGUAUCAACUAGAUAAUGAGCAUCAGUUAAUGAUCUUGUCUGCAUUGACUUAACUUAAAACUAUUGUCUGAUUGGUUGUCAGGUGGAAUUUUCGAAAAUUCAUAAAUAUUUAAAAAAAAAUCCAAUUAAAUAUUUCGUGGAAGGGCAGACUAAAAAAAUUUAGUGUAUGAAGACUAUAAAGCCUAGUUAUCACACACAAACAAUUAUAAUUUUUCGAAGAUAUGCAUUUUCAUCAUCCAACUUGAAAGACUGUCGUCAAGUACUUUUAGUAAAAAAAAUAGAUAUUCGAACACAGCUUCUCUGUAUUUGUGUAUAACACUUUACCAUUAUAUAUUUCAUCUUUUAGUACUGUAACUUUUUUGUAUUAUAAAAUCAACUUGUAGCUUCGAUAUAUAAAAAUGAUAGAAUCUGAAGCGAGAUGAUCUAUGAAAUAUUCUUACUUUGUAAGACAUCAAGACAAAAUAUUCAACUCAAACACGGCCUAACAUAAAAAGGUGCACUCGAUUUUCUCUUUUCGACACUAUUGUUACCCAUUUUGGGGAUAUUUUUUUUUAGUUACGUAAUGGAAAGACAGACACGAAAAUUACUGAACUAAUAGAUUGAUAUGUUUUCCGUCCGUGGUAAUUGUUUCAAAAAAAUCGGAGAUUAUGCAUUUUCUUUAUCCAACUUGAAAGAUACCCAUGUCGUCGACUUGAUAUCUAAUUGUUCUUCAUUACUAUGUACUAGACAAAUUGAAAACUUAUGCAAAUGAUGUUUUAAUAUAAAACACCUCGUAAUUGAGAAGUAAAUUGUAAUUUUGUUUGUUUGUAUUAACUUUUAAAAUGUUUGUCACUAUAGUAAACAAUACAUUAAACAUU